AUGGCCGGCGGUCGUAACGCUGCCACGUGGUCUGCCUCGGCUCUUGUGUGUCGUGCACGGCAUCGGGACCGCCCCGCGAUGCAGCCACUCGGUAACAGGAGCGGUGCCAGUGGUCAUGUGGCUUUUUGCCGGGAUUCCGCCACUCGGCACGGUGGCUGUACGGGGUUGUAUGGGCGGUGGGAGGGCGAUGGUGUCACUGACUUGAUUGCGUCUGCGCUGCUUUGUGUCGGCGGCUGUACUAUGAAGGUUAUUGUGUAUGACCGGAUGCCUCUGCGUGCCACUGUGUUUGGUUACUGUUGUUGUUGCUGUCUUUUACUCCUUUUCUGA